AUGGAACAAUACCCAGUGUACUCUCUCAAACUAAGCGACGUCAAAUUGACAGAUCAUCCGCUGGACGACUAUCAGCGUCUGUACUUCUCCACUCUCGCCGCUGACCCUGCUGUCGCCACCGUCGAGGACAACAUCAUCGACUUGAACAUCAGAAGGGUACAGUACAAGUCCAAUAUCGCACCUUCAUUCGUCAAUCCGGGCAUUUUGUUUAACUCUAAGCAUACACCUCCAAACCCUUCUCCCGGCGCAAACAACAACAAUAAUAUCUUGCACUGCUUCGAGUACCAAUUGCCUGACUUGUCCUACAACCCAAACCAUCCACAGUUUAACGAGAAUGAAAAGGGCUUCUCGCCAGCAGAUAUUCAAAACCAUGCGCUCAAACACCAAUUGCAACCACAACAAACAUCAAACCAGAUUUUAUUCGGAAACAUCAUUUCCAAUUCUAACUCUACUGCCACCGCCACCACCGCCACCUCGAAGAAACAACAUCAGGAUAUCGACUCACUCACCAAAAAUCAACAAUUUAAAUUGCAAAAAAUUGGAUACACUCUACAUUCCAAUGAUAAACUAAUAAACAAAAAUAACUGUAUCCUAUGGUGUCACAAUAACGGAUACACUUUCUUAACGGGGAUUUGGAGACUCUACCAAGAUGUCAUGCGAGGACUCAUCAAUUUACCAAGAAAUAAUUACAAGGGCAAUGAUCAAUGGCAAAAUGUGUGUCAAUUAGAAUUCGAUUACAUCUUGAAUCAUGCAUUUUAUGAAUCUUUGCAUUUGAACGAUUUCCAAAAUUCAAAACAGAGGAAAAAUAGUAAUACGGGCAAACCAGCAAAGAAAAGAUCAAAAUCACACCCAACUAUUUACUCAAAUGCAAAUUUUAGAAACCCACAUACUGAAUUCGCUGAAAAUUUUAACAAGAAGAGAAGACGUAGCACCACUAUUAUUAAUGCGCAAACAACUAACGCGGCGUCAGCAUCGGAAACAAAUGAAACAAAUCCAUCUUCAUACUCCGAUUUACAUUGGAAUAAUAUGUCCCCGGAUUUACAAAAAUUUAUCACAGAAUCUUUCAAGAAGGAUUUAAUCAUAAAUAAACAUUGUAAUGAACAAGAUUUGAAAGAUUUAAACUUGUCUAAUUUGAUUCAAAGAAUAAGAGGUGGAUAUAUCAAGAUUCAAGGAACUUGGCUACCAUUGGAAAUUGCAAGAUUAUUAUCCUUACGCUUUUGUUUCCCGAUUCGUUACUUCUUGGUCCCCAUAUUUGGACCAACUUUCCCACAACAAUGUGAAGAAUGGCAUAAAUUGAUGCAAAAUAACAUUAAUUUGUUGAUCGAACACUCAAAUUCAAUACCAAUCUCCGCACCACAACCACAACCACCAAUAUUCAACGAUGAUAUCAACAAAAGGAAAAGACAACAAUCAGUAAAGAGAAGAAAAACUACAAAGCAAUCACCAGAACAUGAACCAUUGAAAGAAUCACUUUCACCAACUUCCACAUCCACAUUAGAAACAAUCGCUUCACCACCACAUAUUCAACAAUUAAGACCACAUUCAUUAUCAUGGUCCGCCGCAGAUUCAAUGGCAAGAACUUAUCAAAAGGGACCAUUACCACCAUUAAGUUCAGUAAUUCAGGGACUUUCAUCAGAGUCCCAACAACCACAGCCACAACAAUCUUACUAUUCUUAUUCGUAUUAUGAUCAAACUACAACUGAUCAAUCUACUUUACCAAGAAGAUUGCCCGAAUUACAAAACCCUGACCCUUCUGUGCAAACCUUGACAAAAUUAACCUCUCUUUACAAUACAGGUGGUCAUCGCUAUUCUUAUCCAAAUAAUUACUACAUUAGACAACAGCAGCAACAGCAACCAUACCCACCACCACAAACACAUUCACAUCCACACCCGCAGUUACAUCCUCAACAACCACAACCACAUCUAACGCAAGAACACAUCGAUUAUUACAACAUGCAACUACAUCAUCAGCAACAACUCGAUCAACAAAAGAGGUUUGCAGGAACUGUUAAUUUCAGAAUGAACAGUUUUGCAAAACAACCGCCACAACCACCACCAUACAACAAUAGUAAUACGGGCACCAACGAACAGGAACCAAGAUUUUAA